CUCGUGUACCCCUUUAUGUUAGCUUCGGUUUUAAUCUGGCGGCGCGCCGUCUUUCUCUGGUCGCCGGAAAAGCCCCGGCACUUUUCUCUGUCGCGCUUUCCCCUGAUAACUAAAGGGUUAUCAAGCGCGCGAGUGCUACUGCCGCUUUUGGAAACGUGGAGCGACAAGACUACGAUGCCUCGUCUUGCUCUAGCCGCACCGCCAUGGGUAUUUUUAGGUGGGACGUAGACCUCAGCACGCGUUUCUCGUAGUUAAUCAACAACGCGCCGAUAGAACUUUAGUUGAAGUCUCGGGCCGUGGCCUACCGAUCGGACGCACACAACUCCGCAACUUUCAGUUUCCCCGCAGCGGCCGCUUCCACACACCUGCCGCGCGCUUAUGAUGUGAGUGCGUGUGCCACCGCCACCCCCCGCCCUGAAAAAGUUUCCAUUCAGAAAAAGUGUUGACAUGUGUUGCUUAGCAACGACAAAAACGUGCUCUGUCGCGUGCUUUUUUUAACGGGGUGCUUCCGGAUUCUUUGCCUGUAUACUACAAGUGGACGAAGAAUGCGAGUGCGAAACCCAUUUCCAUGGUGCCAUUUAUGGAUCUUCGACAUGCUAAUGAAAAACGAGUACCUUAAUGUACCAUUGAAUUCAGUGUGACUGGAACAAAUCCGAUCCCGACAUGCAUCUAACCAAUACCCAGACCCCGUCUAGUGGUACUGCCGCUUCGCCCGAAAGUGCAAACAUUGUCAAUGAAACUUAUAGUAAAAUGACGUCGGACAUUCUAGCCGAAAGAACCCUCAACGACUUUCUAGCGGAACAUCCAGGAGAGCUUGUGCGAACUGGUAGUCCGUUGUUUGUUUGUACCGUUCUACCUCCGCACUGGAGAUCGAACAAAACCUUGCCUGUAGCUUUUAAAGUAGUGGCUCUUGGCGACGUGGGCGACGGUACUGUGGUGUCCGUCAAAGCCGGUAAUGAUGAGAAUUAUUGUGCGGAGUUAAGGAACUCAACGGCUGUGAUGAAAAAUCAAGUGGCAAAAUUUAACGACUUAAGAUUUGUUGGAAGAAGUGGAAGAGGAAAGAGUUUUACUUUAACAAUAAUGGUUUCGACGACGCCUCCACAAGUUACAACAUACAACAAAGCCAUUAAAGUGACUGUAGAUGGACCUAGGGAACCGAGAUCCAAAACAAUGCUUUCUGUUUUAGGGCAACAGCAACAAUUUCACUUUGCUUUCGGACAGAGGCCCUUCCCGUUUGCAACCUCGGAUCCAUUGUCUGGAUUUAGGAUGCCUCCUAUUGGUAAUUGUAAUAAUAUGACACAGUUUGGCUUAACUACAACGAAUUCUCAUUGGGGUUAUGGGGCAACUGGAGCUUAUUCUCCCUAUUUUACGCCCAGUACGUUAGCAUCUUGUACACCAUCUACCACUCAAUUUAAUACUCCUGCUCUUGGAUUUUCUGGAGCCACACCUGAUCAGACAUCUACUCAAGACGCUUUUGCAUCGAGUUCAACCGUCAGUACGCUUAUACCUGAUACGUCAACGUCAGAUAUUGAUCAGCAUCUUGGCCUGAUAUCACAAAAUCACACCAAUCACACUCAAAACUCCCACACAUCAUCGCUAUUGGUGCCGCGAUACUCAACGAAUCAAGCAGACUUUCCUAUUUCUGGCCCAAGAUCGUUAUCAGAUAAUUCCAGUGCAGCAGAAAGCCCCAUUCAAGACGAUCUUCUUACAUCGCAGUCUUCCCUUGGUGUAAAUCAUAUAAAUAACAGUACUACAAAUUUUUCACUUCAUCAAAAUAUGAGCCAAAGUUCUUAUUCACCUAGCAGUUGUAAUAAUUCGAUAUAUCCAGUGCUUCCGGGUUUGUUAUACUCACAAUUGUAUUCUGCAGCUAAUCACCAAUCUCAUAACUUUCAUACUUUUCAUUCACAUACAACACAGAGUCAUAACGAUUUACAAACGGUAAUGGAUCAUUUAUCAGGUAACUCAAAUCAUAGACAAAUGAACGGAACGACAGAUAUACUUUUGAACAAUGCAACGUGUGCAGCGGCUGUGCAAAGACAAGAUGAUGGACAUAAUCGAGUAUUAAGUAAUAGUGGUGCACAGAGAGCGCCGGGUCAAAAUGGCGAUGCCGUUGUUUGGCGUCCAUAUUAACGAAGAUUUAAUUGCAUUAAUUGCAUUUACAUCUAGACAUUUUGUGAUUAUUUUUAUUAGCUGGUGAUAAUUCUUUUUUUUUAAGGAAAUAAGUAAUUUCGAUGAAACGAACUUUUUGGUAUUUAGUUUGUUUGAUAUGAUCGUUUUUAAAUUAUAAUAUUUUUAUUGCAACGUUGAUAAUUUAUAAGUAUUUUAGGUACCAUAUAUUAAGACACAUGUAAAAUUUGUACGUAUGCAAUUAAUCUCAACUGUAAAAUACAUUGCAAAAUAUGAUAAACUGAUGUAAAUAGUUAAGGUUAUUUUAAUAUAUAAUUUUAAAAACCACAAUAAUCUAUUCUCAAAUUGUUUUAGGUUUUGUAACUUUUGUUGAUUUUUUAUAUUUAACCAAACCGUGUACGUGCGGUCAAAAAGCCAUAAUCAAUUGGCCUUUUACUUUGACAGUUAUAAAAAUUGUAAUAUAAUUUUUAUAGAAAUUGUUUACUUGGAAUAAAAUAUCUUACUGGACUGAUAUUGUCUUUAUUUUUUUUAAAUUUUACACGACAUUUUGACUUAUAUGUAUUAUUUGUCGUUUUCUACGCUAAUCCAAUAAAAUGAAUUUCAACAUAAUAUUAAAUAAAAUUUAGGUCACAUUUGGGGGUUGGAAUUAUUGGUUUUACAACAGCAAAAUAAAACACUGAAUCACCUCAAUACACAAAAACACUUUUACACUGGACGCGCGUUCCGCUAACCACGUUAGCAUCAUCAGCAAUUGAUUAAAACUAGUUUUAAAGUCAUUUAAGGUUGUAUGGGUAUGGGUCACUGAUUCUGGAUCGUUAUCAGUGACUUAAGCCGCUAUUCAAAUUAAGCAUGUCGACAUGGCUUGUUUUUUCGUUCAAUUAAAAAAAAAUGUGGAAAAUUUCAUGCUUCUAAUCUAGAUAAUAUCAAAGCUUUACCCAUAAUUGCAUUCCUUUAGGAGGUAAAUUUCCAAAAAUCACGUAAUAAUGUAACCUCUUGGAAUUUUUGUGCUAAUUUGUUUACUUCUAAAUCAAAUAAUAAUGAAUUUCCAUACAAAUAUUAUACAUAAGUUUUAGCGUACGAAUUGACCGAGAAUCAAAUGAUUCACCGAAAGUCAUAAAGCCAACUUGAUACGUUUAGGAGCUACUUCAGAAUUAAUAAUUAAUUUACUCAUUUAUUAACUUUAAAAGUUAGUUAGAAAUUAUAUCCGGAAUAUGCUAAAGUAUGUGGAGGUUUCUAUUUUAAAAAAAUCAAGAUGGCGUCGUAUCUGUCAAAAUUAACAUUUAAAAAAAUUUUCGGAUAAAAAUCGGCAUCCUCGCAAAAAUUACAUUUAAAUAUCUUUUUACUAUCUUAACCCUCGGGCAGACGCGUACUUUAGAAUCACACGAGCGGGCGCGUAGCGGUAUUCUGUACCGUAUUUAUAUUUUUUAAGUAUUCUGUAAUUUAAAAUAUUUUAUUGUAAAAUUUAGCAUGCUAAACAGUAACAAGCGAUAUUUUUGAAACAUAUUUAUUAACACAUAAAAAACUUAAACGCAUUAUAAAGAAUGGAACCGAAAGAAACAUUUUAACGGUGGGUAACUAUUAGCACAGCUAUUAGCCUUAGUCCUAACAGGUUGGGAUAUUUUAUAUUCUUAGGGCUAAUGCUAAUUCAAAACUGAAUCGCGCAUGCUCAAAA